AUUUAUAUUGAAUUUGCCUCUUCUAAGUCAUUUUUAUCAUUAAAAUAUGGAGAAAUCUCUAGAUAAACUUGAAACAUGGAUUCAAUCUGGGCAAAAAGUGAUAACAUAUCGUCUUGUCAGUAGAUAUAUGGAGAUUCAUGUAGAGGAUGCGAAACAAGUACUUUAUGAUUAUUAUAAAAAGUGCCAAGAAAAAGGCACAGAUUGCCUUGCAAUUUACAUGAUAUCGGGUUAUAUGAACGAGGAUAUUGUGAAUUGUGUUUUGGAUGCUUUUAAAAAGACUGAUUCGUUGUCUAAUAAUUCACAAGAUGAUAGUUGUAUAUAUUUAGAAACAUCUACAGCAAAAAUGAAGGUUUUUUUUCUAGUAAAAGAAGGGGAUAUAGAAUAUAUAAAGAAGAAAUUUGAUGAAAUAACGUCAAUACAUAUAUACGCACUUGAAUUUGGUUUAUAUAAGGAUGAUUUUUUUCUUUCAAAUGCUUUUUUUGAUUCAUAUAAUUGCAUUAAAUAUGAUGAAAGUUUUUCUCCAGAAGAAAUCUGUAAAAAAUAUGGAAUGAUUCAUCAUGUAAAUGUCAAAGAAUUUCCAGCGGGUCUUCAGACUUCAAAUAUGGAUAUUUCAUCUUCUAAUACUACAGGGAUUUUGUCAGAGAUAAAUUCUUCUGAAGCCAUCAAUGUAUCUAUGGAUUCUAAGGAAAAGACACAAACGUCAAUGGCUCAUAAUUUUUUUGAACUUUCAGGUCAUAAAACAAAAUCUACACUUAAAUCAAAUAAACCUCCUCCUAAAGUUGCUAAAAAGAAGUCAAUUACAAUGAAUUCAUUUAUUAAUUCGAAUUUUAAUACAGGAACAGGGCCUAAUUCUUCUUGUUCUUCAAAUUCUCUUCUUUCUGUAAAAAGCCAAUCAAAGCUUGAAAAUGAAGAAGGAGAAGAGCUCAUUGUUAAGAGACAACAAGAAAUUGAUUUAUUAGUUGCAAUGAUGGAAAAUCAAGAAAAAGAUGAUACAAACAAGAGCAAAGAAAUUGUAUCAGAGUCUUAUGAUGUUGAUCCUGUUUUAAAAAAUGAGCAAGUUAAUUUAGAUAAGAAAAGACGAGGAAGAAGAAAAGUUUUAAAAAAAGUAACGAGUUGUGAUAAAAAAGGCUAUCUUGUUACAAAAAAUGAAUUUGUAUGGGAAUCUUUUUCAGAAGACGAAACAUCAAUCCCUAUAAAAGCAAAAUCUAAUACUGAAUUUAAAAAGGGUUCAGAAAAAAAUAAAACAAAGACAGGUGAAACAAAAAUUACUUUAUUUUUUUCGAAAAAAUGAGAUAUCUUUUACUUUAUUCUUUAGAAAAUCUCUAUAAUUAUUACU